AUGGAGAAAAAACACAAGGAUAUAUGGUCCCAAACUAAUCCUGAAACACUUAAAAGUGAGGUAAAGAGCCGCAACUUAACUAGCCUUGCUGAACAGUCAGUUCCCGAUCCUGUGAACCCUGAACCAUCUUUGGAAAUCCCUCCUUCAUCUACUUUUCAUGAAUGUCCCAUAAUCGACUCAAAAAUCAAGCUUGUUGAGGAGUCUCUUUUGGGAUAUACUAAUGAUGCUGUUGAUUCUAAAUCCAUUUCUGAUUUGAAUCUCGAAAAACCACCCUCUGGGUCGACUAUUGAAUCUCUUGUGUCGAGUAAAGCUCCAAGUCAUUUGUCAAUUGUUGUUGUUUUUGAACAAAAAUUGUUUGGGUCUAGUUUUGGUCAAUCUCAAUCGGUUGUUAUAGAAUCAGCAGUGAUUGUCGUGAAUCCACUUCCAUUAGGAACUAGCACUUAUAAUAGUACCACUCUGGAUAUUCCCCUGAUUAUUGUGGACGUUGUUGGUCAUGAAAGUGCCUCUGAUGAAAAAACUCUUGAUAGAGCCCGAUCUUACUUGAUGGAGGGAAUGCAUUUGCUCAACGAGGGCUUGAAACAACUUCGAAAGAUUCAUGACCAAACGGAGGCAGAAGCAAAGGAGCUGCGUGAGAAGGUGUCAGUAUUAUCUGAAAGGAACCAAUGUCUGGUUCGUGAUUUGAGUGAGAAUUUGGGUUGUCAGGAGGAGUUAAAAAUGUUGAAUAAGGAUCUACAGUUGAAGAGUGAUGAUGCGAUCAGCCAUCGUGUGGCUGCAACCAAAGAGCUUGAAGAAGUUUCUCAACAAUUUCAAUCGCCGAAAUUGCAAUAUAUUGAAAAGGUGUCGCAACUAGAGAUUUCUUGUUCGGGAAAAGAUGUCAGUAUUAAAUUUAUUGAGGAGUAA